UUCCACGAAUAUUUCUACAGCCAUGCCCAUCGGACCCACCCUCCCCCCGCACCUCGCCCACCUCGUCCGCAACCGCUCCUCCUCAGCCUCGCCCCCUCCAGAAGGGCCCGCCCCUCCCCAGCCCGCAGACGACGAUGAGGAAGACGACUACCUCCCCGCCCUCCCUCCCCACUUACAAAACCGACAAAGCAACCCUCGUCCAGCCGGCCCCAGCUUAGGUCCUACAUUCCCAACAUCUGGCCCCUCACGCCCUCCAGCUGCUCCUGCCGCCGGGCCGUCUUUCGAAGAAGAAGACGACGAUUCGGAUGAUGAGAUCGUCGGGCCUGUGCCCGUACCGAGCGCUUAUGCGGACGAUGAUCCCGACGCGGGUGUGCGAGAAUUUUUGGAGAGGGAAGAGAGGAUGAGGAAGGAUGCGGAGGAGAGGGCGAAGCCGAAGGUUAUGAAGAGGGAGGAGUGGAUGUUGGUACCGCCUUCAAGCGGGUCUCUAUCUAACAUUGACCCACUGCGUAAACGCCCCUCAACCUUCUCACGUAAUACCGAAGAAAAACACAUAGAUAGCUCCGUCUGGACCGAGACGCCUGCAGAAAAGGCGCAACGUAUUGCGGACGAAGUGGCGGGUGUCAAGCGCAAGAAGGACAAGGCCGGAGACAGAAUCAUGACUGCCGAAGAGGAAGAGUCUGAGCGAAAGAGAAAGAGGAGGGAUGAAGAAAUCAAAGGGGAGCUUGGCAAGUACACUCGAGGACCAUCACUGCUCGACCAGCACACUUCCAAGCUCGCGAAAAAGGGAAAGAACGAAGACGAUUCGCCUGCUAUCUGGGAUCACGCUCGAGAUAUGGGUAUCACCGGCAGGUUGAUGACGGAUCAAGAGAGGAGCAAAAAGAUCAACGAUGCGAGAGGUCUGGGGGACAGGUUUGGACAUGGCAAGAGUGGCGCUUACCAGAUGUGAAGCGUAUGCACUGCGUCCCUAUCCUUGUGCUCGCUUGUCGAUCUCGGAUCGCUGGCCAUGUAAACCAAUUUGACGCCUACUCACGCAACAUUGCUGCUGAUAGGAUAGCUUGUAUAGGUAC